AUGUCCCGUCCCCGGCCACCACCCCUCCAACUCAACCCCGUACUCCCAACACCACCCGUCACUCCCGACAAGCUUCAACACCAUCUCACCUCGACCUCUCCCAACCAAACCGCUUGGACACCACGAGAGCCCAGAAGCGUUCGAUUCGCUCUACCAUCUGCUCAGACUCCCGGGCACAAAUCCAAGUUCUCCAAGACAGCGACGUUCAGAACCCACCACAGCCAGACGACCAAGGCAAAAUCCAAGAAAAUCCCCGCAAAGCCCUACAGCGCUUCGCUCAAUCGGCUCAUGGUGAGGUAUUACGCUCUUGUGCAGUCUCUUUGCGAGUCAAAUCUCUCUGAGUCCAAGCUCAAGCCCAAGGUCGCCGGCGACAGGUUCCCUUCAGAAAGCAGGGGCAUUCUCGCACCUCCUCCAUCCCCCAUCUCCCCCGUUCAAGGCAUCCAAAUCCAAAUCCGACAGCGCAACCCCCUUCAAGCUAUUAAGAGUCACGCUCACGCCUCGAUCUACGAGCCUUUGACAGCCAUAGCCCCUGUGCUUACGCUUCCCUUGUUGCCGAGCCAGGAGACAGAGAAGGAGGUGAGGAAGGUGCUGAAACGGGCGAAGAGAGGGUUGAAAAUAUUAGAGGAGUUAGUUGCCUCUAAAUCGCAGGGUUCAGAUUUGGAGUUGGAUUUGGAUCUGGAUCAGAAGAUGGGGAUGGAUGAGAUGGAUUUGGAUCGGGAGCUUGCCCAUGUUGGGAGUGGUGACCGUAUGGACCUCGAUCUAAACGGCUCUGGCAGCGCCGACAUGCAUAGUUUUGGGCCUGGAGGACGGCUCGGAGCUGCGGAGUGUCGGAGGGAUUCUCAGAAAAUUAUGACAAAGGAGAGGGAAAUGGAGGCAAUCCAGGAAGGUGUGGCCAUGAUGAGUCUCGAGGAGACGCGUCGGCUUCCACAUCUGCGUGUACCUGGUCGCAAGGUCGAGGGAUUAUCGAGCGCUGGGUUCUGUGGGACCGGCGUUAACUGGGAGGGCUUCCAAGGAGAAGUGUGCGAUGACAUCGUUGGUCGUGAGGAGCAGGCUCAAGAUGAAGCGGUGCUGACUGGCGUGGGCGGGUUGAUGAGCAUUUGA